CCAAAACCAAUUUGCAAUCCUGCUACAGGCGAUGGCUUCCUUUCCCACCCGCCCCAUGUGGGCGGCGUGCAGCGUGUUCCGUCGUAAAGUACGUGGCACAGUAAUCACUACCGGAAUUACGCCCCCCCGACUGGCACUGUGGUCGAUGGGCACCACGCAGCGCGUAUUUUCCAGUGGAAGCGGAGAAGUUCGUGACGGCUCGAGCAAUACGCACGAGGUCGGCGAUGUAGUACCGAAAGACCAGUGCCAGCGGUCUUCGUUCCUGCGCAACAUCGACCUGACAAAUCCAUCGGCGCAGCAGAAGCUGUCUAAGUUGAUCCAGGAGGUGGUCAAGACUAAGGCCGACACCGGUGAUUUUGUGCCGCAAGUCGUGAUCCAGAGUCUUUGCACGGCGUAUCGAGGCAUGCAUACUGACGAGAAGAGGCAGUUUCUUCUUAUCUUGGCACAGGACUUGCACAUUGACACGGCUGUGGCUUUGCAAAACGCUGCUCAGUUCGAGCAGAACAUGGUCAACGUGAUGGACGCCCGCGGUGGUAUCGUGAACUGGGAGCACGAGAACGUGGAGAGAUACCUGCGCACGUUUAUAAAUCUCCGUAACGCACUCUCGCCGCUCUAUGAGAUGUUCUUUCAACAAAUUUUGUCACAGCGAGAAAACGGGAUGUUGUUCUUAGUACACAUGAGAGCAGACCUGCUGCAAGUAUUGCGUAAGAGCGCAAGCCAUUCCGAAAUCCCUGCUCUUCGCUCAUUUGACGCAAGCUUAAAACAAUUUUUGGCAUCGUGGUUUAGCGUUGGAUUCUUGAAGUUAGAGCGUGUGACCUACGAGCACUCUCCUGGCCAGCUUCUGGAGAAAAUCAUUCGCUACGAGGCAGUGCACCCUGUGGGCACGAUUGCCGAACUUAAGAGGCGGCUUGGAAAUGGACGGCGGUGCUUUGCUUUUUUUCACCCUAGUAUUCCAGAUGAGCCCUUGGUGUUUGUGCAUGUAGCACUGAUGCAAGAGAUCGCAUCCAGCAUGCAGUCCAUUCGUGAUGAAACGGAGCAGCUAGCAGACACCUCUCAAGCCAACGCUGCUAUCUUUUACUCUAUCUCUUCGACGCAAAAGGGACUUGCGGGUGUCGACUUGGGUAAUUUCCUCAUUAAAGAGGUCGCUAAAGCCCUCAAGACAGAGCACCCGCGCUUAAAAAUGUUCGCGACUCUGAGCCCAUUGCCCCAAUUUAUGCCAUGGCUCGAAACGCAGCGGUAUAAAACGGAUGAAUCAUUGGUUUACCCGAUGGAGCUUGAUGCUCUGAUGGAUGCGUUAGAAAAGCGUAGCGUCGCUGUUCCGUCAAACGCAACUCCCGUGGCCAUUGUUUUGGACACGCUGUCGAUCGAUAAGUGGAGCGAAGACCCGGAGCUGGAUGCAGUACUUAAGCCUAUCAUGUUGAAGCUCGGUGCACGCUAUAUCUACCAUGAAAAGAAGCGCGGAAAGGCGUUGGACCCCGUCACGAACUUCCACGUCAGAAAUGGUGCCAGUUUUGAUCGAAUCAACUGGCACGCAGAUCUGUCCAAGAAGAGACUUGCACAAAGUGCUGGCAUGAUGAUUAACUACAAAUACGAGUUGGCACACGUGGAGACAAACAACGAGAACUACUUACUGCACAAUGUUAUCCCGAUUGGGUUACAGCCCCAGCAAGUGCUUAAGAGCACGCAUCAUUUAACCAAGAAGAAGGAGUGAGCCAACGCGGGACAAAAGCUUUUAAUUUGUUAAAAUCCAGUUAUCCCUUUUUUUUCA